AUGGCACCGUUCGAUUCUCUCUGCAGUAGAAGUGGUAGAUCCCAUAUUGGUUGUUUUGGAGAAAGAGAAGCAGAAUUUAUAGGGCUAGACCUCAUGCAUCAAGCUAUGGAGAAGGUCAAGAUCAUCAAGGAAUGGGUGGUUGGAGAUCCAUCGCUCAUCGUCCCUGUGGAGGCUAUUGAAGUUAAUGUAGAAUUGACUUAUGAGGAGAUUCCGGUUGCCAUCAUUGAUAGAAAAGUUCGUAAGAUGAGGAAUAAAAAGAUUGCUUCAGUCAAAGUGCUAUGGCAAAAUCAACAAGCCGAAGAGGCUACCUGUGAAGCAAAGAAAGAUAUGGAGAGGAAAUAUCCUCACUUGUUUGUAGAACCAAAUGGAUGUGCUUAA